UUUAUAUCGGGAUCGAUCUACCAAAAGGUUUCCCAAACAUGUUGACUGACGAAUUUACCAGGUUGUUGGAAACUGCAGAAGGAAUUGAAAAGAAAAUACCCAAAGAUAAGAAGCACCUUUUGGAGUGUGUAAUACAAAAAUGUAAAAGUAGUUUAGCAAAGGAGGAUGCAUCCAUCAUGGGGGCUAGCCAAGAAUAUGCAAAAGCAGUACUGGAUUAUACAUUCAUUGACGAAAGUUUAUUGGUUGACAGCAGCUUCCCAAGAGAUAGCUGUAAACCAAGAAUUCAUUCCAUUUUUAAUGAUAUUAAUGGAAUAGAAAAUGCAGUGAAAAAAUUGAAAGCGGAGAAGGGGAAUAAAGAGGUAGUUGAUGUGCUGGGACCAGACAUUGUAGAAUGCAUGUUGUGGAGGAAGGGAGCAUUGAUGUACAUGUAUUGUGCCACCAUCCAGGAGGAAGACAAGGACAGGAUAAAGGAAGAUCCUCAGUGUUAUGCAGAGCAAAUUGAAUGUGGGAUAGAAAAUCUUCAAAAAAUGCUGUCAAUACGACAACCUCAUGAAGUGCAGAAAGACGGUAAAGAGAGGGAUGUAGAAACACUUCUUAGUUUGGGUAUAUACAGUGACACCCAUUUGCUAGCCAUGAUGUAUGCAAGUGAGCUGUGUUACUGGUAUUCUCAACUAAAAAAAGACCAUCAAGUUAAUUGUUCCUCAGUCCUGGAUGAGAAACAAAUUGGUGUCAAAUAUUUACAAGACUAUCUAAAAGCAGUUAAAGGACCAUUAUCUGUUCAGGGAUGGUCGUCAGAGAGAGCAGAACAAUUACUAGAUUACUUCAAUAAACUAACUUAAAUAAAUUGAUACAGGAUGUCGUUUGUUGUAGUAUGAAAUUGUAAUAUUUUAAAUGGUUUUAAAUUGCAAGUAAAUCUCAAGAGUAUUGUGUAAUUAUGAUUGCAUGUACUAAAAUCUUUUGAAAAUAUUUUGAUUAUUAUGGGGAAAAAUUGAUUUUAUGUACGCAUUCAAAUCCAUGGAACUUGCAUCAUUUAAAAAAAAAAUUAUUUUAAAAAAAUGUUCUAAAUUAAUACUUGCAUCUUGCCUGAUCUCGGUGAACUCAAGUCAUUUGUAAUGGGUAUAGUUCAUUCUUUCCUGUUGCAAAAAUUAGGGUGCAAAAGUAAUUUUUCAAAACUAGAAUAAAAAAGGCCAUUAUCUUCUCAAGAACAGCACAGGCAUAUUAGACGUAUUAAUGUGGAAGCAUCCUCAUGUAGUUAGAUUCAAGUUUGUUCAAACCAUAACUCCAGGGUAGGUAGGAGCCACAGUGGGGUCUCAAAACUUUACUCUAGAAUGUAUUGGGGAAAAUAGCUUUAAAAAGCCUCUUCUCAAGAACAACAAAGUCAAGAAAUAUCUGACGUUUUCAAGGCUCUUUUCAAGAUUUUGCAUCUUCGCUAGCCAAGGGUUUUCGGUCUGCACUGCUCCCAUGCGGACCAAAAACCCUUGGCUAGCGAAGAUGAAGAUUUUGAAAUUUUACGUGUUUUCUUGGCCACUGUACAUCUCGUAAGAAAUACCAGGAGACCGUCAGAUAUUUCGGACUAGAUUGCUGGUAGUCAUAUUAGUAUGGAAACAUCCUCAUGAUUUUAAAUUUAUUUAACUCAUGACCCCGGGUGUGGGUAGGACUGCGAUGGAGGAUCAAAAAAUAUGUAGUAAACAAGAUUUGUUUGUGAAACACUACGCGCCUGGUGGCAACAAAGUUCGAAAAAGCAAUUUUUAGCAAAUAGGUCACAGUCAAGGUCACACGAUCAUUGUCCUUGGUGUCAUUUGGAAGCACUUAAUUAGUGGAGUAAGCAUACCAAAUAUAAAGUCUCUAUCUCCUAUUGUUCAAAAGUUAUGGCGAAAAUUCGAAAAAAUCUAUUUUUAGCAUAUAGGUCACAGUCAAGGUCACAAGGUUAUUGACCUUGGUGUCAGUUAAAAGUGCUUAAUUAGUGGAGUAUGCAUACCAAAUAUGUAGGAUUGAAGUCUCUCUUUCACGGCUCAAAAGUUCGAAAAAGCUAUUUUUAGCAUAAAGGUCAAAGUCACGAGGUCAUUGAUCUUGAUGUCAGUUGAAAGUGCUUAAUUAGUGGACUAUGCAUACUAAAUAUGAAGUCUGUAUCUUUCACGGUUCAAAAGUUCUGGCAAAAGUUCGAAAAAGCUAUUUUUAGCAUAAAGGUCACAGUCAGGGUCAUUGACCUUGGUGUCAGUUGAAAGUGCUUUAUUAGUGGAGUAUGCAUACCAAAUAUGGAGUCUCUAUCUCUCACGGUUCAAAAGUUAUGGCGAAGGUUAAAGUUGACAACAGACAAA